CCUGCUGUGAUCUUUUCCCUUCUACUGCUUGUUCUCCUUGUCUCUUUUCUUUUCCCCUUGUCUCAUUCCAUUCCACAUCCUAUCAUCGCAUAAUUGAACCCAUAACAACACCAAUGUCUCUAUCACAGGCCAUAUCUCCCGAGCCACCAGCUGUGAACAAGACCACAAAACCAAAACGGUCCGUCUCGUUCUUCAACCACGUCGUCCUCUCUGCGGACGAUACCGCGCCCUUCAUUCCAAGUAACAGUCGGCUCGGUCGGUCUUCAUUUCAGCCUGGAAGGCGGAAGGGAUACGUCCGAAAGGGGCCCGUUGGAUCUGACAGCGAAGCAGACACAGAGAGCGAGGACGACGGCGACAAGCACGAAGAGGAUGAAGAGGAUAAGGACAAGGAGGAUUCAGAUCAAGAGCAGCAUUCGGCAGAUAAAGCAGACACGCACACUAAUAAUCCUGCGCACCCCAGCAACCAGGUACUUGGCGCCAAGGCAGCCAUGCGACCAGGACAGAACUAUGUACGCAAAGCACCCGCCAGCUCUGACACUGAAUCGGACGAAGAGGACGCAACAGAUACAGUGCCAAGAAACUCAAGUGUUCAACCGGCAGCGAAUGCUGGUAAGGACGCCGCUGACAGUGAUACUGAUAGUGAUGAUAAUGACAAGGACAUCGGCACUCUCGUACGUCCGUUUGCGCAUAGUCGAGUCUCAGGACCCGGUCAAAACUACGUCCGCAAGGCACCCGUCAACUCGGAUGGUGAAUCGGAGGAUGAGCAAUCGCAAGGAGCAGGAAAGAACGGAAUCGUGAGCAGUCUUAAGAUCGCAGAGGCUUUCGCCAAACCAGCUACGGCGAAAACAGCGGGACAAAAUCAGCCGGACAGAUCCCCGCAGCAGGAAACUGGGCUGUUCAGUGUGCCCAUACCGACGACAUCUCUGGCAGCGGACCAGUCCUUCAUCGGCGCCCAACCAACAUCAAGGACUGGCGGUACGGUCGCAUCGACAGUUACCACCAUGCCUGUUCAACCUGCCCAGCCUGUGAUAAUGGGUAUCUCUCCGAGCACAGGCUAUGUCCCAGAACUUGGAUUGACCAUGAACAACUCCAGUCCUGUGGCUCCUGCCAGCAUCGUCAACUCUAUGGCCGUCUAUCAGCAGCAACAGCAAGAAAUGAUGUUAAUCAUGCAGCAGCAACAAAUUCAGAUCGCGACCAUGCAACAGCAGCAACAGGCAUACCAGCUCCUUGUCCUUCAACAACAACAGCAGCAUCAACAACAACUUCAGGCCGUCCAAAUGCAGCAUUCCCGCCAGGACGACGAUGACGACGACGACGACGUACCGUUAAGUGAAAAGAAGCAGCAGCUUCCUCAAGUGCCGCAGCUGUCGUCUAUCGCCUAUGGUCAACCAGGGAUAUCUCCGCUGCAACAACCACAGCCAAUUUUCGGGUCGCUUCCAACGGCCCAGUUCUCGACUGACCAGCAAACAUUGAUUCUCCCGCUGCCGCUUUCACUCCCCCACUCGCGGCAGGCAUCAGGAUCAUCCAUGAACUCCCUGAAUUCUACUGCGUCAGCGACCUUGGUGCCUCAGUAUCAUUCCCAACUCGGAGCAUCUUCCCCUUUGAACCUUGCCACAUCCUCACCGCUGCUGCAGCCUCAUCAACUCCAUCAACCCUACCAAAACCACCAAUACUCUCACUCGCUCACCCAACUGCAGCCACGAAUUCCGGACUUUACUGAAGAGGAGCAGGAGCAACAGCUCCACGGCGGUUUCUCGAGCGGUGUAGCAGCGCCCAAGUUACUCACAAGCAGCUUCCCUGCAGGAUAUCGCAGCAGCGUCGGAUCCAUCCUACCGACGCAGCAUUUGAAUUUCGAUCGGAAUUCAGUGAACUCGCUCCAUUCGAUCGGAUCAGGCGGCUCUGGCAACGGUGGGGUCGGCAUAGGAUCGAGACCCAAUUCUUCCAGAAACUCGUUCCUGCCACAACAGACGCUCAUCCAAUCCAUAUCCACGCCGCCUCAACAGCAUUACCAGCAGUCAUACUCUCCUCUUAACCCUCACUACCACCAAACCUUGAUCCAUGUGGAGGCCAAACCCCCACCUCCACAAACAGGACUGGUCGGCGCCAUCAGUGCGAUGGAGCGCGAGAAGAAGCUGGCCAAGAUUCAUGGAACCAACCAACUGCAGUACCAGCACCAACAGCAUCAACAGCAGAUGAUGAUUAGCGCUGAGAAGGAGCGGUGGUUGCAGGAACAGCGGCGGCUUGCAUAUGAGGCUGAGCAACAGCAUGAUCUUUCACAGAAUAUGCAUCUGCAGCAGCAACUGCAGCAGCAACAGCAACAGCAACAGCAACAGCAACAGCAACAGCAACAGCAACAGCAACAGCAACAGCAGCAGCAGCAAUUGCCAUCAUUCACUUUGCCGGAUAUUCCUACGGCACCUCUUUGGACAGUUGAGAAUGGGGAGGACGAUAAUCGGCCUCUAAGCGGUGCCCACUAAUGUAUACAUUGAAUAAAGAUCUAUUGUCUUACCAGCUGUCUCUAAGCGUUUCGGAGAAAAACACCCCUCCUCCCAUUAGCGACUUGGAACAGU